AUAAACAAUCACAUCAGGAUGGCGGACAAGACGGGCGACAAUAGUCAGCCCCAGACUGCGGGUGGAGACGGAGAAUCUCUACCACGUGUCAAAAGUGAGAAGGAACUGAAGAAAGAGAAAGCCAAGCAAGAAAAGCUGGCAAAGUUUCAGGCAAAGCAGGAAAAACUGGCUGCACAAAAACAACAAACAAAGAAGGAGGGAGAGAAAAAGAAAGAUUCUGGGAAAGAGAAAGUGAAAGUGACAUAUGAUAUCCCAACAAAACCUGGGGAAAAGAAAGAUGUCCACUCCUCCAUGCCUGAUGCUUACAGUCCCCAGUAUGUGGAGGCUGCCUGGUAUGAUUGGUGGGUCCAGUCAGGAUUCUUCAAACCAGAGUAUGGGGGGAAAGACUUGACAAAGUUGAAAGAUGAAGAGAAAUUCAUGAUGGUUAUUCCACCCCCUAAUGUCACAGGGUCCCUACAUCUUGGACAUGCCCUAACAAAUGCUGUAGAGGAUUGUAUUGCUAGAUGGCAUAGAAUGAAGGGGAAAACAGUUUUGUGGAACCCUGGAUGUGAUCAUGCUGGUAUUGCCACGCAGGUCGUCGUGGAGAAAAAAUUAAAACGGGAAAUGGGAAAGUCUAGACAUGAUCUGGGAAGAGAGGCAUUCGUGGAACAUGUGUGGAAGUGGAAAAAUGAGAAAGGAGACAGGAUUUAUCACCAGCUAAAGAAAUUAGGAGGAUCUUAUGACUGGGACAGAGCCUGCUUUACCAUGGAGCCGAAACUCUACAGAGCUGUAACAGAGGCUUUUAUCCGUUUGCAUGAUGACGGACUAAUCUAUAGAAGUGUGCGACUGGUCAACUGGUCAUGUGCUCUUAAUUCAGCCAUUUCUGACAUUGAAGUGGAUAAGAAAGAACUGACAGGAAGGACCAUGCUUGCUGUACCAGGGUACAAAGAGAAAGUAGAAUUUGGAGUCCUCGUGUCAUUUGCCUACCCAGUAGAAGGAACAGAUGAGAAGAUAAUUGUAGCCACAACUCGUAUUGAGACAAUGUUAGGAGAUACCGCUGUGGCCAUACAUCCAGAUGACGAUCGUUACAAACAUUUACACGGAAAAUCUGUCAGGCACCCCUUGGUAGACAGAGUAAUGCCUAUAGUCCAGGACGACUUUGUGGAUAUGUCAUUUGGAACAGGGGCUGUGAAGAUCACACCUGCCCAUGACGCAAAUGAUUAUGAAGUUGGUGUGAGACAUGGCCUGCCUUUCAUCACCAUCAUAGAUGACAAUGGGAAUAUCACAAAUAACUGUGGAGAAUUCUCUGGUAUGAAAAGAUUCCAUGCCAGGAAAGCUGUAUUAGAGGCUCUGAAAAAGAUAGGUCUAUAUAUAGAAACAAAGGAAAACCCCAUGGUUGUACCAACAUGCAGUCGAUCAAAGGACAUCAUAGAGCCAUUGCUGAAACCUCAGUGGUACGUGAAGAUGGAGAAAAUGUCUCAGGACGCUGUUAAGGUACAAAUAAACAUUUUUAAAAAAAUCAUUGUUGAGAUGUAACAUGGAAGGGAGAAAACAUGGUACAACUGGUUAGAAAACAACAGAGAUUGGUGUAUAUCUAGACAGCUAUGGUGGGGACAUCGUAUUCCUGCUUAUUUUGUGAAAGUAGAUGAUGAGCACGUACCACCAGGAUUAGAUGUAGAUGAUAAAUAUUGGGUGUCUGGCAGAAGUGAAGAAGAGGCCAAAGACAAGGCUGCUGCCAGAUUUAAUGUCUCCAGGGACAAAAUUUCGCUGAUGCAAGAUGAAGAUGUGCUGGACACAUGGUUUUCUUCUGGUAUAUUUCCCUUCUCCAUAUUUGGAUGGCCUGACCAGACCCCAGACCUUGAGGUGUUUUAUCCUGGCACUCUACUGGAGACAGGACAUGACAUUCUCUUUUUCUGGGUUGCCAGGAUGGUGAUGAUGGGACAGCAGCUGAUGGGGAAAUUACCAUUCAAAGAGGUGUACCUACACGCAAUGGUUAGGGAUGCUCAUGGCAGAAAGAUGUCCAAGUCUCUUGGUAAUGUGAUAGACCCUCUAGAUGUCAUCUACGGAAUCACAUUAGAGGACCUACAUCAGCGGUUACUUGAUGGUAAUCUGGAAGAUAAAGAAAUAGAAAAAGCAAAGGCAGGACAGAAAGCAGAUUAUCCACAGGGUAUACCAGAAUGUGGAACAGAUGCACUUAGAUUUGCUUUGGUGGCCUACACUUCACAAGGUCGAGACAUAAACCUAGAUGUCCUUCGUGUACAAGGCUACAGGUUUUUCUGCAAUAAACUGUGGAAUGCCACCAAGUUCUCCUUAACAGCACUAGGACAGGACUUCAAACCAGACGCAUCAUUUCAGUUUAGUGGUAAAGAGAAGGAAAUGGACCUGUGGAUCCUGAGUCGACUCAGUGUAGCUGUAACGUUAGCCAACACAGGAUUUGAAACCUAUGACUUCCAGUGUGCCACCACAGCCUGCUAUAACUUCUGGCUUUACGAACUCUGUGACUGGUAUCUUGAGUACAUGAAGCCAGUUAUUUAUGGUACAGACGAGGAAGCUAAGAAUGUUACUAGAAAUAUCCUGUACACAUGCUUGGACGCAGGCUUAAGACUACUGCAUCCUUUUAUGCCCUUCAUCACAGAAGAGCUCUACCAGCGGUUACCACGGAGAACAGAGAACUGUCCACCGAGUCUGUGUGUAACCUCAUACCCAGAGGUCAAACAGUUUUCCUUCAGAAACAAUAAAGUGGAGGGGGAGGUGGAGUUUCUACAGAGUAUAAUAAAAUCUCUACGUUCUACAAGAUCUGAUUAUCUUCUGACAGGGAAAGAUAAAGCUGAAGUGUUCAUCAAGUGUACAGAUGAGCAGACAGCUGAUAUAGUGAGGCCACAUGAGACCCUCAUUCAGGCCUCGACCAGUUCCAGUGCUGUCCAUGUAUUGACCAAUCAGGAGCCACCUGAGGGAUGUGCCAUACAAAGUGUCUCAAUCAAUUGCCAGACUUACCUCAUGCUUAAGGGUCUGAUUGAUUUUGAGAAAGAGAAGGUGAAGUUAGAUAGUAAGAAAGAAAAGCUUGUAUCCCAAAUGACCAAGCUAAAGGAGGCUGCUGCAGUACCAGGGUAUGAAGAGAAAGUGCCCGAAAAAGUCAGGAUUCAAAACACCGAGAAGAUGAAUGAAAUCAAUAUUGAAAUGGAGAAAAUCACUGAAGCUUUGGCCACAAUAGCAAAACUACAAUGAUUGGAACUUAGUGACUGUAUCAUAUUUAUGACAUUUUUAUUCCCGAUAACCGUGUUUCCUUUUUGCAAUAUUUAUUGUACUAUGAACAUAAGGUUGGAAUUCAAACACACAGAGUACGAAGUGGACGGAGAUAGGAGAUUGAAUUGUCAAGCUGUAGUGUAACAGAAACCAUAAAUGUAAAGCUUGUGAAAAUAA